CAGAUUUUUUCCCAUCUCUUUGAUUCAUCCUGAUACACAACAACACACUGGCUGCUAGUUCCCUUUCAGUGGGGAUUUCAGGCGCUGAGCAUGAACACGCCGACUGGGUCCCAAUCGGUGUCGACAGAGAUGAUGUACGCCGAUGUAUACAGUCUUUUAAAGCCCAAGGAAAUGAGCGACUAGUGUUUAUAUUUAGGAUAAAGGGGAAAACGGGACGGAUUGGGAACGUGCGCUGUGGAGUCUGCUUCUGUUCACCUAGAUUUGAGCAGAGCUAAUGGGGAGAUCACGCAGUGGGACACAAAGCUAAAGCGCUCAAGACCAGACCGUCUACUUCCCUCGUGCCGGUGACUCCGUGCUGUCGUGUUGGAUGCAGCUUAACAAGCAGAAGAAGAGAAGGAAAGGAUUUCUCUCGCUCCAGUGGACUAGAUUCUUUAUAGUAUGAUGAAAAAGUGAACUUGCAUACUUCCACAAACCAAAGAAACACGUGAGAGAAACACACAGAGAAGUUUUGUGGGAGACAUCAGACACCAUCGUUUCCCUUGUGGCGUGGUCGGUCUGGAAGGAAAACGGGGCUCCUGCAGGAUGACCAGUCUUUUCCGACGCAGCAACAGUAAUGGAGGGUCUCGGGGUGGCGGGGGCUCGGCUGCAGGCGAGCUCAACAACUCUAGGCCCAACCGGCAGGUUCGACGGCUGGAGUUCAACCAGGCUAUGGAGGACUUCAAAACCAUGUUUCCUACCAUGGACUAUGAGGUGAUCGAGUGUGUACUGCGCUCCAAUAAUGGUGCUGUGGACGCCACCAUCGACCAGCUCCUGCAGAUGAGCAUUGACGGGCAAGGCUCAGAUGACAGCUCAGAUUCAGAUGACAGCAUCCCGCCAGAGAUUCUUGAACGAACCCUCGAGCCAGACAGCUCAGAUGAAGAGCCACCACCUGUCUAUUCACCACCAACAUAUGACAUGCAUAUAUAUGACCGGAAAUACCCUGAAGCUCCUCCUGUUCCUCCACCCAGAUUUGAGGCCCAGCCUCCCCCUGGACACAGGCAAGUACAAGGUUACAAAAACUGGAACCCACCAUUACUUGGCAAUCUGCCUGAUGACUUCCUGCGAAUCCUGCCUCAACAGUUAGACAGUAUACAGGGCUCUCAGAGUAGCACCUCUAACCCUUCCUCCUCCACCUCCUCCUCGUCCACCACAAUAGCCCAGAAAGUGGUGGCUGCAGCGGGAACAGCCGCCGGGGCUUCAGAGCAGGAGCGCAAACUAAAGCAAUAUUUGGAAGAUGAACGUAUUGCUCUCUUCCUGCAAAACGAAGAGUUCAUGAAGGAGCUGCAGAGGAACCGUGAGUUCCUUAUUGCGUUGGAAAGAGAUCGAUUGAAAUACGAGUCAAAGAAAUCCAAAUCCAGUCAUUCAUCAGCUAGCAUGGAGAACUCCUCAGGUGACCACUAUGCUUCUGGAUCUGUAGAGGCCAGCACAGAUGAUGCUCUCUUCAGAGACAAGCUAAAGCACAUGGGCAAAUCAACCAGGAAGAAGCUGUUUGAAAUUGCCAGAGGUUUCUCAGAGAAGACGAAGCGGAGGAAGUCUAAAAGGAGAACGCUGCUAAGACAUCAUUCAUUGGGCACAGCCAACUCCACUGCCAACCUUCUAGACGAUGUAGAAGGAAACCCAUGUGAUGAAGAACGUCAGCUUAGACGAUUGGCUGCACAGGAAGAGGAGGAGCCACAAAAGGAACCACUAUCAUGAUCCCUCGUUGCUGUUGGGAAAUUAGGCUUUCCAUGGUGACCUGAGAAUGACCCAUGGCGGAGUGCUCCUUCUGUCAGUGGCUCCGGUGCUUUGCUCAAUGCCAAGCAAGACUCCCAGACUCCAGAGGAACAGCCGAGGCAGGACUGACCGUAUGAUCAUUUUGUAGCAGCCUUUUUGCGAGCCUAAGAUUAUUGUUACCUACAUUUGAUUACUAUUAAAAUUAUUGUAUUGUAACUGUUUGUUAAUAUUUGGUUUCAUAUGUAAAACUCAACAGCUAUUGUAAUGAUUUCCAAGGAUCUACCUUUUCAUUUGUAUCCCCAAUUAGCUGAAAGAAAAUUCCCAUUUCUGUUUUUCAAAUGCAUCAUCUAACUGAGGAAUUUCUUUCCCCAUUUAUAUUGGUUUUGACUUGAAAAUGUUUUGAUAGUUUUAUUUUUGAGGUUUAUUAUAGUGUCAAGAGAUGACAAACAAACGAUGUCGGUUGUUUCAAUGCAUUAGUAUGUAACAUUUUCCUGAUUUCUUAAUGGACUCUUGGCAAUUUUUAAGAGUCUAAUCUGCACAUUAAACAUAAAUAGUGUUUCCUCAAUGAAUGUACCCAGGUCGCCACAUUCAUUACUCAAAAACUUUUUCUCCUCUUUUAUAUCAUUGUUAUUAAAGGCACAGUUCACCCAAAAAAUGCAAUUGCUGUUAUGUAGGUAUUUUUGUUCUUCAGAAAAAAAGAGCAUUUUUAGCUGAAACUGUGGUCUUUGGAGGUCUUCGGUGGCUCAGUGGUUUGCAGUGUUUGCUGGUUCUAGUCCUAGCUAGGUAAGUUGGCAUUUCUGUGUGGAGUUUGCAUGUUCUCCCCGUGUUCACUGGGUUUCCUUCAGGUGCACCGGUUUUCCCCAAGUCCAAUGACAUAGGUGAAAUGGGUAAACAAAAUUGCCCGUAGUGUUAUGUGUGAAUGUGUGAGUGUAUGGGCGUUUCCCAGUCCUAGGUUGCAGCUGGAAGGGCAUCUGCUACGUAAAACAUAUGCUGAAAUAGUUGACAGUUCAUUCUGGUGGCGACCCCUGAUAAAUCGGGGACUAAGCCAAUUGAAAAUGAAUGAAUUGAUCAAUGAAUGAAUCAAUGAAUUAAUGAAAGCAUGUAGUAUUGGGUGAUCCAUUUUCAUAAAGCAAGAUUAAAUAGACAAAAAAAAACAUAUUCAGUCAAAAUUGAAUUAAUUUACAUGGCUUAUAUGAUGAUGCAUUGGGAUUUUAUCAAAACCAUUGCUUUGUGCAAAAACAUUGAACAUUAUUACCAAAUCCCAGUUAUGAACUGUGUAAUUUGCUCACCUGUAAUAACACUAGCUGAAUUAUUAUAUCAACUAAACAUGGAUUAGAUCCAUUUAACAUUUAAAAGGCCAAUGUUACACCCGCUUUGAUUGUUAUUACUCGAUUGAUUGGGCGUUAUCAGCUGAUAGUUUUGGGCCAGAGUGGCCUUCUGCGCCUUCUGAUAGGUUCAGAAGGCUGUUAUCAAUUAUCCAACGGAGUUUAUCAUCUAUAAAUUGCAUAAGACUGAUAAUCCCCAUUAAGUCGAGUGAUUAUAUUUGAAUUGGCUGAUGUUAUAAGUGAGGCAAAAAGACCCUUUAAAUGUGGUGUUUUUAUUUUUAUUUAUUUAUUUUUUUUUUAGAAUUAUUAUUUAGGGGUUUUCACCUUUAUUAUGAUAUAGGACAGUGGAGAUUUUAGACAGGAAAGCAUUGGAAGCAGAGAGAGUGGGAACUUUUGUGCUAUAUGUUGGUGCACAGUACCACUGUUGGCGCUGACUUUCGUAAUUUUUUUUUUUUUUUUUUUUUGGCCAAUAUUUAAGUAUUUUACAUUGGGUUGGUCACAUGUAUUUAUCUUUUUUUGGAUAUACUGUAUAUAUUGCUGGUGGGUGAAGACUUGCAUUUUAUAAAUCGCCAAUGACCACAGUUUUGGCUAAAAAUCUUCUUUAAUGCUCUUCUGAAGAAGUCACCUGCAUCUUGGAUUGUCUGAGUAAAUUGACUGCAGAUAUUCAUGUUUGAUUGCACUUUCCCUUUAAGGAAAAGAAAACAUUCAGGUCUGAUGUGAUUUUAGGGUGCUGAAUAGUCCAUUUCCAUACUACCUUUGCAUCAGUUAAAUCUAAAUCGUUCAUUUAGAUGCUAGAGCACACUGUGUAGUUCCUCUAAUGACAAGCAAAAUAGAUUUCAGUCGAAAAAGGUUCUCAUAUUUGCACUGCCAUAUCUGUUUCAUAAAACAUUUUAUUUUGUGAAAUGCAAUUAUAUUCCUUGUUUAAGCCAGUAUAGUUGCCAUCUUUUAUCUUCUGGUAUUUUCGAUAUGAACACAAUGCAUAAUGCUGUCCUCGAACCAACCAAAAGCUGCUGUGUGCUUUGCUUUUUUCGCAAAUCACACUGAAUAAUUUCCCCUUCUGCUGUGCUUCCAGUAGGUCAUGUGACUUUAAGAUCAGAGAUCGCCACCAAUAAGAAUGUGCCAUUAUGUUGCUUUGAGUGUUGUGCAUCUCAGUAUUGAUUCAGUGCAAAAUAGCCCAUGGGAACACACUGUGUGAUGAUGUCUGUUUGUUUUGACUUCAUGUACAUCAGGUUGUCCAAUAGUUCAGUCUGUUAGUUUGAAACCACUGCGUCAUAGUGUAAUAUGUGCUGAGAGACGACUGUACCAUGUUUCUGAUUCACUUUUGAGCUCCUGAAAUGUACUAAAUAUGGCUAAUGGGGCUUAAUAGUUUUAUUUAAAGGGCAUUGUUAUGAAUAUGAAGUCUUUUACCUAUUACAUCACCUUUUGACAUUAUAGAACAAAUUAUAUCAGUCGUCUUAGGCAUCACAUAAUUAUAUGUUCUGUGAAGAGUAAUAAUAGCCAUUAUGAAAUGUUAUGGUGCCCAUGCAAGGUUGUUGUUCUCUGGUGCAGAGUAGCCAGUUUUGAAAAUGACAGUUUUAUAAACAGCAAAACCUUGUUGAGAGAAGUAAAGGCACGUUCAUACCAAGAACGAUAACUAUAAUGUUAACAAUACAAAAAUGGUUACAAUUUUAAAUAAAUAGCAGACUCCACAUCACAAGCAUAAUGAUUUUGCCCUAGCUGAUUAACACUAAAAACCCUGACUGCCAAUCAGAAUCUAAGCUGCCAUAAAGUAUGUAAACACAAGUGGCAGAUCACAGUAAAGUGGUGUUCGAACUAGGGAUGACUUACCAGGUGCACUCCAUGUUACUUUGCAGUACUUUCCAUGUAAGCUUUGCCGACCUGGGAACAAAAAAACUAUCAAAAUUUGCAAGAGCAAAAGUGCUCAUGAAGUGUGCCGUUUGGAAUUGGAUCAUAUAUUCAAGGACUAGAAAUGACCCAUGAUGCAGUUGUAAGGGGUUGUGGAAAAUGAAUGGACCCUUUUCACAUUUCCAGGUUUCUAAGUAGCGAAAGUCAUCAUAGUUGGGCGUAAACUAAACUUAGAGCACAAUAAACGGGAGAGUACAACAAGUAAUCUCUUUAAAGUCCUGUGAGACUGAUAACGGCAGCCAGAAGAGAGAACAACGCCAGAUUUAUUGUCCUGCCCAUACACUGGUGGUAAUUCGUUAUUUGUAAUUUGAUGCAAAAAUGAAAUAAUACAUAUAUAGAGCAUAAAAUAAUACGUUCAUUUACUUUUUUAUUUAAUAUUUAUUUAAUUUAUUAGAUAUUAAAAACUUUCAAUUUCCCAGUGUUGGGUUGCAGGGUAUCCGCUGUGUAAAACAUGUGCUGGAUAAGUUGGAGGUUCAUUCAGCUGUGGCGACACCUGAUUAAUAAGGGGAUUAAGCCAAAAACGUUGAACACGUCAUCAUAACAGUCUUGUGAAAAAGGUCCAUAGUUGCUUUCACAUCAUCUCAUAGUUCCAAGAUUCUGGCUAGUACUAAACACAUUUCUUCAAAUUCUGAAAUUUCAGAGAGCUACAACUUGUACCAUGUGACCUCAAUAGUCAAUCAUUUGUCUCCUAUUCAAGAAUUCACAAAUGUGAACAGCUAGCCUGAUCUCACAAGAAAACGUAAGUAUUUUACGUUUGGUCAGUCUAGUGGCUAAUCCGUAUGAAUACAUGAGUUCAGUCAUAGGAAAAUGUAAGAUUUUUAAAAGGAGACAUGGCGCCCAUCCCUAACCCCAACCGUCAUUAGGUGAUGAACAAUUUGUACUAAAUUGUACGAAUUAGAUCGUAGUAAUUUAUAUGAAUUAGCCACUAAAUAAAAACGUUACCAAUUGCGGUGAGAUUGUGUUGGAACAGCUCUAGGUAAAAAUUCACCACUUUAAGCAGUACUAAACUACAGUGGAAAUGCAAACGGUACCAAGCAAAACGACCCAUACCACACAGUGGAAAAUCAAGUGGACUACUGUGGACUAUUAUAGUAAAUGGUGAACAAGGAUUCAGAGGUUGUUUUGAAAACAGUUAAACAAACAAUCCACUUUUUAUGGAAAUAGGCUCAUUUAAAAACUCACCUUAAACAUUUUUGAAUCCAAUUAAGUGAUGCAUAAUAUUAUUGCACCUGCUGCAGCCAUGGUACUGCAACAAAGCUCCUUGAUUUUUAUGCCAGAAUGACCAGUAUAUGACCAUAUAUAUUAUGCAAGUAUAUUUCCUAGCCAUAUCAACCUACAAACUACAAAGUAACAACUUUUCAGUUUCCGUUAGUCUGUCGAUGUAACUACAGAAGAGUCAAGCUUUAAAUUAAAAAUGCUUUAUUUGAGUGAGAUGCUAAUGGUCUAAUCUAAUUCAAUGACUUAUGCUAAGCUAAAAGUGUGUCUGCCAUAUCUGGAGAUCAUCUGAAUGGCUUCAAAAAUGAUAAAACUCUACUGUUAUUAGCGUAUAUGCAAAAAAGUGGAGUGUUUCUUUACAUUUUUAUCAUUAUAGUUAUGGUUAUUGGUGUGAACAAGCUACUGCUGUCAUCUGUCAUUCAUGGGCACGACUAAGUGAGAUUUUCCCUUCCAUCCUGCUUCAUAACAUAUUUUGUCCUCUCAGGGAACUUGCUCUCAUUUCACUUUCUGCUUGAAGCACAAUUAAAACUGAGAUCUUACUAGCGCAGAGGCUUCAAUAACAGGCAGAGUAGCGUUGUCUCUAUUAUGAGUCAUGUCUGCUUCAUUUUGCAGCCAAUCUCCUUUUCUUGACUACAUGUUGUGCGUUUACCCAGUUUUUUCAAGAUCCCCAUAUUCACCUUCAGUCUUCAUGUGGGAGAGGUUUAGUUGGAGGAUCUGAUGUGUAGCGUGUGAGCCACAUGAUUUAUAGUGGGUCUUUACAAUUAGUGGAAUGUACUAUUUAUAUUGGAAGGAAGCAACUGUACACGCAAAUUGCCGUUUUUUUAUAUAUGUGAAGUAAUUGAUCUUGCCAUUAUUUUUCUGUCCCCCUUGUUUCUUCUGAGGAGUAUUAUUCUCAAAUGAACUGACUCUUUGUCUACUUGUCCAAAAUAAAAGUGAUUGUUCCGUAUCACAUCAUUCACUUGAGACUAUUUCAAGUUCUGGACUUUUCUUGAAUCCAGAUGUUUAUUAGCUAUUGGAAUAAAUAAUAAAAUUGUUGUACUCUGUC